AUGGCUAGCAGAGGGGUUGGUCCCAGUGCAUCAUUCGAUGGGUGGGGUGGGGUUCGGGCAGAUGGCGGUGAAAGAAGAGCUACAAUGGCAAAUGAUACAAGCAGGUUGCCGAAAUCGAAGAAGGCUUGUUUGAGGCACCUUGAGGCUUUCACCGUAAAGCCUCACUUACAAGGUCACCCGUUGGCAGUCGCAGUGGAGCAGCCACACCAACUCAUGCCACGUUCCUACCCGUGGGCUUCGGGUAAUAAGUACUACAUUUCUCCAAGACGUCAGCUGCUCGGCGCGGUAGUUCAGAAUCUGGACGUUGGCUUGUCACCAAGGCCCGCGUGUCUGAGCUCGAGACCGUACCGCAGCCACUUUGCAAUGCCGUAG